CAGAGCCCGAGGGCAGCUGUGGAGCCUCCAGCAGGGGGCGCUGCAGCCUCUCCAUUGCUGCCUUGUAGUUGUGCAGGAAGGAGACGUCUUCAGCUCUCAGCUCCUCCUCUGUGGCUCUGACUGUGUGUGAAAGAGCUGCUAUCUCUCUGCUCACAGCCUCCAUCUUCUCCUCCAUCAUCCUCCUCUGCUGCUCCUCUUCCUCCCUCAGUGCAGCCAUCCUGGCUUCCUCUUCCUCUUCUAGAAACUGGUGAAGCUUCUUAAACUGCUCCUUAAUCUGCAGCUCUGUGCGUCGGGCCUGGGCCUCCAUGUGUCCUGCUGUCUGAUCAAACUUCACUUUAACUUCUUCAAAGAGCUUCAGUUUCUCCUGUAAGGACUGCAGAGACUUCUGGAGCUCCUCUUUGAGAUCCUGAGCAGCUUCAUCCACGGGUCUGAAUCUGUGGUUGGUGUGUGUUCUUGAAUCUCUGCAGACGACACACACUGGCUGCUGAUGGUCCAGACAGAAGAGUCUGAGUCUCUCAGAGUGCAGACUGCAGAGAGCCUCUGAAGAUCCCUGACCUCUCUCCUGUAGGAAGGUCUCACACAGGUUCUUUAACACCAGGUUUAAAGGGGGCUCUGACCUUGAAGAUCUCCUCUUACAAAGUGGACACUCUUGUAAUGGUGUCUGUCUCCACCAGCCCUGCAGACAGUCUCUACAUAAGCUGUGGCUGCAGGACAGGACGACAGGAUCUCUGAAGACUCCAUGGCAGACAGAGCAGCAGAAAUCUUCCUCUAACCUGGAAGCCAUUUAUUCUCUUCCGGAAGUCACUUGCGCCCAAAAAUACCCUUUUUGCGUGUGGAUUCACUCCUGAGGCCUGCACAGCGAAGCCAGUUCAACACACCCAGGAUAUCUGUGAGUUAUCUGGUUCACUAACCCUUAUAAACCGCAUCUCGCUAAACGGUCUUACCACGAUGGAUGUAAACUCGGAAAAUCAAUUCAAGCCAGGCUCGGUUAGUCUGUCCGGCUAUGAGCCAAUCACAUGAAAGGGGCGGGUUUAGCCACAUUUGACCAAUCAGAAACCUGGAGAAGCGUACUGGCAUACUUCAUGAAUGAAAAGUAAACUAUCAUGUCAGACAAAUAUGAAGAAGUUCAACUUUAAACAUCAAAAAAUGAAAUACUUAAUCCAGGAUCAAAUCUGCAACGAGCAGAAAGAACAGCUGGCAGACUCUGAGUGUUUGAAUGCGUACAUUAUCGUGUAAAUCUGAACACGGUGCUGUUUUGAUGACGGACCCUGUUCCUCACACUUCCGGUCGGUAACACAUGUUAGAUGGAGGCGACUCUGCUGGGUCUGAGUGACGGGGUUCUGGACCCGGAGCGGCACCGAGCCUCUUUCCUCACCAACAAGGUGGGGGGGCAGCCGGACUGGAUGCUUCCGGACACCUCGCAGCAGGUUCCCCGCUGCGCGCGCUGCGGAGCCCCUUUGGCACACGUGCUGCAGGUUUACUGCCCCGUGCAGAUCAGCCCCCCCCACCACAGGACCCUUCACCUGUUCGCGUGCACAGGUACAGGGUGCAGCAGCAGCACGGAGACCUGGAGGGUUAUCCGCUCCCAGCGUCCGGAGGAGAGGGGAACACCCGGUCGGACGGCCCCGACUCUGGAGGCUCCUCCGGCAGCUUCAGAAUGGUGCGACACCGCUGAAGACUGGGGGGAGGAGGAGGAGGAGGAGGAGGGAGGACGGAGGAAGGAGAGCCAGGUUCAAGAGGAGGAAGCAGCUCCUAAGGAAGAAGCCGGAGAGAUCAGCGUGAGCUGGCGUCUUCAGGGUCUGAACCUCGGCGACGCUCCAGAGGUAGAGGUUCCCGUGCUCCGCUCGUUCUUCAUCAGCGUGGUGGACGAGGCGGAGCUGUGUGGGGAGGAGGACGAGCUGCAUCACGCUCAGCAGCUGCUGCGGGAGUACGAGAGGAGGGAGGGGGUGUCUGUGGGGGAGAUGGAGGAGAUGGAGGAUGGCGGCGACGGCGGCAAGGAAAAAUACGAGAAGACGAAAGCCAGACACGGAGACGCCGUCUUCUCGCGCUUCAUGAAGAAGAUCUCGCUCUGCCCGCAGCAGAUCCUGCGCUACAGCCGCAGGGGGAAGCCGCUCUUCAUCUCCGAGCCGCCGGCAGACAUGGCGGUGCCCAGGUGCGGCUCCUGUGGGGGGGGGCGGACGUUUGAGAUGCAGCUGAUGCCCGCUCUGGUGAGUCUGCUGCGGGGGAGGAGGAGGAGGGAGGGAGGCAGCGAGGAGGAGGAGGUGGAGGUGGAGUUCGGCACGGUGCUGGUGUUCACCUGCACCAACAGCUGCUGGACGGAGGCGGCAGGAUCCGCUGUGGAGGAGAUCUGCUUCGUGCAGCCGGACCCCGACCAGAAGCUCUUCAGAUGACAAACAAAGCUCCCAAAGAAGAACUCAGAAACUCAGAGUCCAACAGAACUAUGAAAUAAAUCCUCCCUGGAUUCUUUAACGAGCCACCAUUAUUACAUUAGUUUCUCUCCCACACAAAAACCAAAACACAUUCAGGAAACCAUUGACCUCCAGACCAGGGGACAUUGAGAGCUGACUCUCAGAAUAUUAAACCAUCCACUGGCUCUGUCAUUCAUUUAGAUUCACCAACAAGGAGCCGUCAGGUGCAUUAAACACAGCACAGUAAGGAACUGGGUUUGGUAGAUUAUUUAUGUAUCUUCUUGGCAGUAAAUCUUAUCCCGCAGGACAGCCUGUUCACUUCUCUUUGAAUGGAGCCACAUUUGCGAGGAACGCUUUGGAGAGCUGAGCAGCACCUGUGGAGGAGAGUCAACAACAGCAGCAAAAUAAGGUGUUAGGCAUUGGAGGAGAAAACGCCGCUCAGCUCCCAAAUGCACGUUCCUCACAAAUGUGGCUCCAUUUGAAAAAGAAGUAAACAGGCUGUCCUGCGGGAGAAGCAACACAUCAAUAAUCUACCAAACACAAAUAUCCUGACUGUGCUGUUUAUAUAUUCAAAGCCCUAAAGAGGCCAAACAGCAGGGUGUUGCGUUACGGGUUGUGUUCAUAACCAGCUUUCUUCCUUCCGUGUAAUUUAUUGCAGAUCUAUCCUUUAAUAACUAAUAUAACUUCAACUUCUUUGGGACGACAGGCUCCUGAAAUGUGAGAGAACAGACACUGGACCACUCGUUAAUGAAAGGACGUAUGAAACACGGAGCAGGUCACAUUCUCUUUAGUUUUACUUCACCCUUGCGAUACAUUUCUCUGGUUCAGUGUCUUCAGCUUCAACAUGAGGUCGGACAGCAGGGAGGAAAUGUAAACCGUUAAAGCAAUAGAAAAACAAAUCAGCUGAAGGACUUUCUUUUUUAAAAACCGGAUCAGAUCCAGAGUAUCAAAAAUAAACUCCUUAAUAAUUAACUGGCCAAUAAAUAACGAUGGUGUUCAGCCUUGGAUGUCUCUGAUGGGGUGGAGGGGGAGUUGCAGCCCUUUGUCGAGGAAUCAGUCAUGAGGAGGUCUUUGGUUUUCAGCGAGGCGGCUCGGUGUUCCUCAGCAAGGCGGCUCGGUGUUCCUCAGGGAGGCGGCUCGGUGUUCCUCAGCGAGGCGGCUCGGUGUUCCUCAGCGAGGCGGCUCGGUGUUCCUCAGCGAGGCGGCUCGGUGUUCCUCAGGGAGGCGGCUCGGUGUUCCUCAGGGAGGCGGCUCGGUGUUCCUCAGCGAGGCGGCUGCUCGGUGUUCCUCAGCGAGGCGGCUGCUCGGUGUUCCUCAGGGAGGCGGCUCGGUGUUCCUCAGGGAGGCGGCUCGGUGUUUCAGGCACUUGAGGUUCAGUGUGUUUCAGUCUCUGCUGUCAGUGGUACGGCUGCUGCUGGUCAAACUGGUCGAACUGGACGCCGCUCAGGCCAAUGAUGUCUCUGUCGAUGAUCUCGUUCACUGCAACACAAACAGAAGCACGCUUUGUUUAUCACCAAGGCUGGAAAACUUCUCCUUUUUUUGCUUUUUCCUGAAUUAAAAGUCUUACUGAAGAGGUCAAAAUCUCCAGAAUCUGCUUUAUUUAACAUUUGCUCGAUUUUAGAAUUAAAUAAAAAACACAAAUCUUAAUUUUUUAACAGAAAUAAGAAGUUAAAUCCAAUCCAACACAGGAAGUGAAAGGAAGAAAAUCCAAUACAAAUAUAGAAUGAAGAAUACUUUUCUUGAAGUCAGAAAUUGAACUUUAAUCUCAGAAUAAAAAAAAAAAGGGAUUUUAGUUUUUUUUCUGAAUUUAUUUAUAACUUUAUUGUUUCUGCUAAAGAAAUAUUGGUUCUGAGAUUAUUGAGUUUUUUCUGAAACGCUCUGAAUUUUAGAGCCACGUUAAACAUUUUUCGGAAUCUGGAACUGCAAAAAAAGUUCACCGUUGGUCAAAUCCCACAAAGGUAAUUCACAUUUCGACCUCAUCCUCUUCCAUAGCGCUUCAUAAAACUCCUAAGAGCCAUGACUCGAAAUUCAAGCUAUAAUUAAACUCAUUAUAAAUACAACGUCUCGUUAAAAGCACUCUGAAAACAAAGGCAUGGAAAGAAAAGUAGAUUCUGUAUUCGACCACAGGAGGAGCAGCUGGACAGCCUGCAGCGUUAAAUAAAGCAUGAGUGACGUGUUUGUGUGCGGCUGUAAGAGAGAGACUGUUCUGCAUUCAAUCUUCAGAUUACAGACUCCUCACUUUCUACAGACUGAUCCUGUCUCUCUCUCUCUCACACACUCUCACACACUCACACACCAUCAGUGAGAAGUUUCUGAGUUUAUUCAAUAUGCGGCAGAGUGUUUCUCUGCACAGCAGCGAGCGGCUAAUCUUAGCUCUGCUGUGAAACCUGAGGCUGCAGAAACCUCUCCAUCAGACUCACUGCACACAACCCAGAUCAUCCAGGCUGCUCCUCACCGCACACACACCUCCAACAUCUCACAGCAUGGAUAACCUCUGCUUUAGAAUGUCCAAAAACCACGUAAUGUGACAACAUUUAGUUUAGCAUUUCCAGGGAAGAAAAUCCCACAUUUAUGGGAAAAAUAUCAGAAGACUUCCAAAAAGAAACCUCUUCUGUAACUACUAGAGUUGUGUACUCAUGAUAUCCCUAAUGCUUUAAAGUUAUUCAAACAUCACAGAGUCUGGGGAGCGGGGGAAGGUUUCAUUAAAAGACCAAGGGAUUAAAUGGUUCAUUUCCGGGAUAAAUAAUCAGAAAUCUAUGAAAAGCAAAUCCUAAAAAGUCUAUGAAAAGCAAAUCAUAAAAAGUCUAUGAAAAGCAAACUCACUUUAAAGAAUAGCAAGCUGAUGAAUAACGUCGGCCAAAGUCAUGUUGAAAGGCAAGAACUGUGUGUGUGUGUGUGUGUGUGUGACAGCUGCAGCAACAGAUUUAACCCUCGCUGCAUCAUCAGAGCAGCAACAAGCAGCAGAGCUAUUAUUAACACAGAUCAGAGAGAAACACACACACACACACACACACACACAGGGGGCCCCCUCAUAUAAAUAACCAUCAUCACACACACACCCCAGCUGCACCAUGAUAUUGGUACUACUGUCAGCCUCCACUCUGUAGCUUCACGUCUCUCUACAGCUUCACCCGUAAAGCCCGCCUCUGGUGAUGCGAGAUCUACGUUCUGAUUGGCUAAGGCCCUCCUGUGCUGAAAAGUCUGUGUUAUGAUUGGCUGAGGAACUUCAGUGAGGUUCACCCUCAGAGCUUUACUUGAUGAACUCCAGCAGCUCCUUACCGUCGUCCAGAGUGAUCUCCUGCAGACCCAGAGAGUCAGGACGCUCCUCACGCUCCUGUUUGAUGCUCGGGGGGGGAGCAGACACCUUCAGGGGGGGAGGAGAAGUCACCAAGACUCUCCUGGAGCUCAGAGACGGGGAGGGUCUCCUCUGAGGUCCACCGGAGGACGAGGC